AUGUUUUCAACUGUAAUCAUUUUAACUUUAUUUUUUGAUUAUCAACUUGCAAGUCCUAUCAAAAAUUCAUCCGCCCAAUAUACAAGUGAUAAUAUUUCAAAUCCAAUUAUAUUAAUUCCUGGUCUGGGUGGAACUCAAGCUCGUUGUCAACUGAAAAAGUCGAAAUCCGAUGAAUUUCCAAUUUGGCUAAAUUUGUUUUAUAUGAUGAUUCCGGAAAAAUUAGAAAAAUUUUUCAGUUUACGUCUUAAUCCGGUCACAUUUAACAGUGAAGACACAGACACAUGUCGUGUUGUAUUCCCUGGUUGGGGUGGAACACAUGCAAUGGAAUAUUUACAAACGAAUACAUUUCAAUUUUUUAAUUAUUUCGGUCGCCUUGUAAAUUCUUUGAUACAGAAUAAAUUUUUUAUCAAGAAUUUUACACUACGUGGUGCCCCAUAUGAUUUUCGUAAAUUACCAUAUGAGAAUAUUGAUUUUAUGAAUAAAUUGAAAUUGUUGGUUGAAGAGACUUAUGAGAAUGCGAAUGGACGACCGGUAGUUUUACUCGGUCAUAGUAUGGGUUCAUUGUAUACAUUGAAUUUUUUGAAUCAACAAACUAAACAAUGGAAAAAGAAAUAUAUAAAAUCGUAUAUAUCAGUGUCUGCACCAUUUGGUGGAGCUGUCAAAGCAUUAUUAAGCAUUAUUACCGGUGAUAAUUUCGGUAUAUUUUAUCGUAGUCCAUUAAGUUUUCAACCGGCUUUACGAACAUUCUCUUCUGUUAUAUCCAAUAUACCUGAUCCAAGAAUAUGGCCUAAUGAUGAAGUGUUAAUUUCUACUCCAAAUAAAAAUUAUACAGCACAUCAAUAUGCAACACUAUUUGAAGAUAUAGGUUUUUCGGUAGGUUAUCAAGUAUAUAAAAAAGCUAUCAAUGAAUUCAUGAAACUAGAUUAUCCUAAAGAUGUUCCUGAAGUAUACUGUGUCUAUAGUUCCGGUUUAUUAACUAUGAAAAGACUAAUUUACAAAUCACCAAGUGUAUUUCGUUCCGCAUUUCCCAACCAAUCACCAAAAUUAGAGUAUGAAGACGGUGAUGGUACAGUGAAUAUUCAUAGUUUACAACAUUGUAAUAAAUGGCCUAAUGUAUCAGUUAUACACUUAAUCACAUCGAAUCAUGUUCCAAUUUUAUCUGAUAAACGAUUCAUCAAAUUUAUACAAAACCAUGUUACUACUAAUAUUAGUAAGUAG